AUGACUACUAAACGACUUCUAGAUGUUGCAAAAGAAAGCCCCCCGAAACAUGUGGUAAAGAAUUUAAAUUUUAUAGAAAACGACUCCAACAACCCUUUUAUUGCAUCUGGAAUAACAGAUGAGAACAACUUGAAUUGGCUUUUUACAACACCCGGCGGGAAUGAUUCAAAUAAAUCCUAUUAUCCCGGUUCAGAUGAACCAGAUGAUGAUACUUUUAUUGAGAUAAAAAAGAAGAGAAAUAAUUAUACCUAUGACUGGUUUACUGGACCCGGUGUUAUGAAAUCUUCAUUAAGUGAGGGUGCAAAAAAGUGGAUUAUCAACACAGACGUUUCGAAUUUAUUAUUAGAAUAUCGUGAUAUGUCAGUUCAACGAGCUUCUGAGAAUAAGAUUGAAGAAGUUGCUGAAAUACUGUAA